CCAUUCGAGAGCAAAGACAUGACAGCUAGGUCAACGCUGCUUUUUGAACUGCUGAGUUUGGCAACAGCUCUUUCUUUUUCAACUGCUGCACAACUUUCAUUUAUUAAUGCAACUGAUUACAAUAUACUGAAGGAUAUAGAUGAUGGUUGUGUUGAGGUGGAACUACCAGGACCACUUCAAUUUGGUGGCUCCAACUUUACCAGGGCCUUUCUUAGCAGCAAUGGCCUAGUCAGUUUUGGUAAAGAAUUUUCUUCAUAUUAUCCAGUACUUUUCCCUCUACGCAUUAAAAUAGCCAUUCUGGCUCCAUAUUGGGAUGAUAUAAUAUUGUCAGAGAAGAGAGAGCUCCGUUUUAAAAUAUUUAGUAAAACUUCUAGUAUCACAAUUGAGGUCAAUAACUUCCUCACAUUGCAUACUGGGAAGAAUUUUGCAGCUGAUUGGAUACUGUGGUCUUAUUGGUGUCAUGUAUGCCCCUAUCCUAACAAGGAUUGCGCAUUACAUAAGUCAAAUUCUUUCCAGCUUGUUGUAGCUGUACAAGGCAGUAAAACCUACUCUAUUUUUAUAUACCAGUGUGAUCUCAUAAAGUGGACACUUCAUAAGGCAGUUGUUGGUUUCAAUUUCAAUAAUGGUUUUUAUCAAAACCAUGAACUGUCAAAAAGUAGAGAUGUUGUCAAUAUCGACUGUCCUGAUGGCUCUCCCAGUCAUUUUGCAAUUGUUGUUUACAAGAUUGACAAUGUGUGUAAUGCAAAUACUCCAACCACUAAUUAUGGUACAUUUCAUUGGCCAACAACAUUACCUGGCAAUACAGUUGCUUUACCAUGUCCUAAUGGUCCUAAUGGAGCUAUUGCCACUAGAAAAUGCUCAGAAAAUAGCAUAUGGGAGUCACCAGAUUUGUCAUCAUGUUUCACAAAUACUGGAAAAAUACAAAGUCUUACUAUAAAUAACACAAAUAUUAUGCCAGUACUGCACAAUAUAGCUGUUACUGUAAAUGCUAUAACUAACACUAGUGAUCAGAACAAUGGAAACAUUGAAGCAAUAUCCAAUAUAUUCAAUCAAACAGCAACAAUACUGUCAAAUACUACAAAGUUAUCAUUACAAGAGGUAACUACGAUUGCAGAGAAUACUAUAGAAAUAUUACAAGAUAUACAGGAGUGGCCAAUGAAUGUAGUAGCAACACAAUCCAAUAACAUUGUCAAGUCAUUUGAAACAAUUACAGAUGCUCUAUUGAAUCAAGGUAAUGUUACUGAUGUAACACUUCUAGAGCAAAGCAUUGCUUUUAGUGGAAAACAAGUAAUGAAAUCACUGUACAAUGGGAUCACAUUCACUGCAUCUUCUAUCAGCAAUGCACUCACAAUAGAGACUGUAGAUAAUGAAAACAAUACAAGUUUUACAAAUGAUGGAGAACUGGCAACAAUUAAACUGCCAGAAAGUAUCCUCAACAUUAUAAAUGACGAGGAUGACAACAUCAACUUUGCAUUUACAAUAUAUAAUCAAUCAAUUUUGUUUCCUGUUCAAGGAUCAGUUCAAAAUACAGUAGUGGAGUCACCAGUUAUUGGUGCAAGAAUCAGUGGAGUGGCUGAUGGUACACAACUAUCUGAUCCAGUAUUUAUAAGGCUUACUCUGAAAGGAACUCCAAAUGCAACUAAUCACCAGUGCGUAUAUUGGAACUUUACAGCUGCAGAUGGCAGAGGCAAUUGGUCUACUGAUGGUUGCAUUACAAUAGUCAGCAAUACUAGUUCAGUUACUUGUCAUUGUGAUCAUCUGACUAACUUUUUACAUCAAUUGUUUUGUAAACCCGUCACCAUACCCUUCAAAUGGUAUAAGAGUUGGUGA